UAAGGUUGAGCCACUUUUGAAACGCACCCGGUAUAGUUGUCUUCUUCAUAAGAAAAACCCGAAGUAAGCUAGUGUAAGUUAUCUAUUAAUUUGCGUUGAAAUAAUGAGCCUCUUAUCUCAAUGGAAUUGGUGAUUGACUUACACUGAAUAUAUAAUGACUUCUGAACCCGCAAUGUAUACACAUACAUAUAUAAUGGAAAGUCUGCCAAGGACAGUGAAAAUGUGACACACUGAAAUAUAUGCCAUGCAAUAUAGUGAAUUUCAAUAAUAUAUUUUGAAAUGGACGUUUUUAUAAAAUAUUUCCAUAAACAAUUUGCUAUUUUAUUAAUUUUGAGAAAGUCACAAAGUUUACAGAAUAAAUAUAAAUUUCUGUGUAAACUUUGGUAUCCAUAUACAUAAUCAAGAGUAUAAUACGUAGUUACAUAAAAAAGAUACAGCAUUUCAAAAAAGUACACUAAUGAAAAAAAUUUGAAUCACCCUGUAUAUGAAAAUAUUUUAACUUUUUUCCUUUUCAUUUUGAGAAUGGCUUAUUAGUAACAGUUAGUAAUUAGAUAUACUUGGAUAUAUUUUUAUGUAUCAAUUUAAGUCAAAGUCCAUAGUCAAAGUGGAUUAGAAAUAUAUUUUAUACAAACGUUAGUAGAAAAAAAAGUAGAAAUACACAUAAUUCGUUUAGUCUACUAUGGUUUACUACAAUCCUCGCUAACUAGUGAACCCGUGGUUGUUUAUAACUUAUGUUUAUAAUUUUAAUAACACAAAAGCACAAAAUAAAAGUACUGUAUUGGAUAUUCUAUUAUAUUAUGGUCGAAUGGCCCUGGCAGCCCGGGCCGUUAAACUAAAGUAAUGCCUAGAAGAUUUUGUUUCUAACCCAAUUUAUUCCGACUUUUGACAACUUCAGAAAGUAUUGACUUUUUAAUGACUCAUAUGUUAUCUUUUACAACAGAAAGUUUAUAAUUUUAUUAUAAAUUUAAAUACCUACUUCAAGAACAUAUUCUUUAUUAAACAAGUUAUAUGUUUGAAACCGAAAUUAACACAAUGUCGGGUAAAACCACAAUAAAGGGUAACCCAUCCCAAUACGUAAAAUUAAAUGUUGGAGGCUGUUUGCAUUAUACUACUAUAGGAACCCUAACUAAACAUGACACAAUGUUAAGAGCAAUGUUUAGCGGUAGAAUGGAAGUUCUCUCAGAUUCUGAUGGAUGGAUUUUAAUCGAUAGAUGUGGAAAGCAUUUUGGUACAAUCCUCAACUUUUUGCGCGAUGGGAGUGUGCCUUUGCCUGAAUCUAGUCGUGAUAUUGCUGAAUUAUUAGCAGAAGCUAAAUACUAUUGCAUUGCUGAAUUGGCAGAAUGUUGUAAUAAAGCAUUACAGAAAAAAGAAAAAGGGGAGCAUGAACCCUUGUGUGUGGUUCCUUUGAUUACAUCAGUUAAAGAAGAAGAAACACUAAUUAGUUCAAAUUCUACUAAACCUGCUAUAAAAUUGUUAAUUAAUCGUCAUAAUAACAAAUACUCGUACACUUCAACGUCUGAUGAUAAUUUGCUCAAAAAUAUUGAACUUUUUGAUAAACUUUCCUUAUGGUAUAGUAACAGGGUUAUGUUUUUGAAAGAUGUUAUCAGUACUAGUGAGAUUUGUUGUUGGGUAUUUUAUGGGCAUGGAAAGAAGGUGUCUGAAGUUUGUUGUACAUCAAUUGUUUAUGCCACAGAUAAAAAACAUACUAAAGUUGAAUGUCCUGAAGCUCGUAUUUAUGAAGAAACUUUAAAUAUUUUAUUAUAUGAGAAUAGGAAUGCUCCAAAUCAGGAAUUAAUGCAAGCAACUUCUACUAGAGCUGCUGUCAGUGGAAUGUCUUCAUAUACUAGUGAUGAAGAAGAGGAACGAUCAGGUAUUGAACGGUUAAGAUCCAAUAAGAGUAGUAACACUAGCUGAUUUAGAAAGAGCAGAUCUCUUACAAGAUCUAUUAAAGACUAAUUAUCAUAUUUUAAAAUAUUCUAUAAAGCUGUUGUGAAGUAGUUGUGAUGGCUAUCUUAAGAUUUUUUGUUUUUAAAUUUCAAGGUUUUCAGAAUUUGUCUUUUUAAGUAUUUAUAGUUAAAUAUUGUCCAGCUAAUUAAAAUAUGUAUUACGUUUAUUUUGAAGAAAAACUUGAUUUUAUUUAAAGUUGAUUAUUCGAUAAACAUCUUUUGUACAUACUUAUCUACUUUCUAAACUUAAAUUUAAAGAUUUUAAUUUUUAACUUAUUCAAAUUAAGUUUCAGUAUUAUGUAAGGGAACAAAAACAUUUUAGUUAUUAAUGUAGAUAAAAAUACCUCGACAAUAGUUAUGCAUGGAUUAUAUAUUUUUUUGAAUUUAUAAUAUAGUGUGUUCAAUGUCUUAAUAGGAUUUCUGUCUAAUGAAUGUCUUUUAACAUACAAUCUUACAUUUAUAUUAAACAAUUUUAUAUCUGUGCUAAAAUUUAAGUUGUGAGCCAAUAGUUAAACAAGGUUGCAAGUCAUACAUUUUAUUUAUAUGUUAUUUAAAGUCAAACUACAUGUCUAUGUGUUAAAGUCUCAGGCACUCAAUGUAAUUUCAGCUUAUGUACAUUAUUCAUUACCAGAGUGAAUUAAAACUAAAAAUAAAUGAUAACUUAUAUAACUUUUAAAAAACA